AUGGCCAAGUUUUUUAGUUUUGAUAUUAUAGACGAAGAGGGUUGUGAAAUUAGAAUUACUUCCUUUGAUGAAAUAGUAGAAUUGCACUAUCACCGAGUUGAAAAAGGAGCUUCAUAUGUUCUUUCCAAAGGUUCUGUAAAAGAUGCAAACAUAGCAUACAAUAAGCUUAAUAGCCACCUUGAGAUUGUCUUGACUGAAACUUCAGUUUUGAAGCGCUAUGCCCCUGAUUCUGCUGAGCCAAGUAAAAAAACCCACUUCACCCCUAUUAAUGAAGUUCUCACCAGCACCAACAAUAGUUUGGUUGAUGUUAUUGGUGUUGUUGUCAAUGUCGGAGAGAUUUUUGUAAUUCAUAGAAAGGAUGGAUCUACUGUAAACAAGAGAAUAGUAAAAAUAAAUGAUAUGUCAACUUUGACAAUUGAAGUUAACCUUUGGGGGCCGCCAUCAGAACAGCUAGGCAAUGACUUGAAGAAUAUGCAUGCAUCUGGAACAUUUGUCAUCCUUGCUAUUCAAAAUGCAAGGGUUGGGUAUUUCAAUGGAAAAGUUAUUAAUAUUUUAGUGUCAACAACUUUCAAAAUUAACCCUUCCAUUCCUGAAGCAGACCCCCUCCAUUUAAGAGGCCCUGUCGAACAAUGCCUUGAUUCACACUCUAUGGAUGUGCAUGCCAAAAAUAACUAG